GGGAUGGAGGGCCAUGCAAAAAUGAUUGGUUGCUACUUAUUUGGCAAAUGAUUAUUAUAAAAUUUUACUGUUUAUUUUAAAAUUAAAUUAUAUUAAAUUUAAAUUAAUUUCAUAAAUUUAAAAUUUUAUAUUAAAUGUAUUAAAUUAAUUUAUUUUGGCUCUAAGAAGUCGGGACCGAUUCAGCGGCUCUUUGAUUGAGCCGCUGGUUCGAGCCAGUUUUUCAUGAUUCAAUUUGAAACCAGUUUUCAAAACAGCCCAGACCGGCUAGUCAACCGAUUAUCAGUUGAACCGGUCCGGUCCGAUCUGAUUUUCAAAACAAUGACUGAUAUGUAAUGCAACCUUGUGUUAUCUUUUGAUAAUACUUCAUAGAUAAUAUAUUAAUGCAAAAAAAUGGAGGCUUAUAAUAUUAUGCAUAUUAGUCACCUUGCCAGGAGAAUGAGGUAACAUGAUAGACAUGAGGUCAGUUACUAGGUCGAGUGAACUGGAGAGGAUUGUGUGUGAAUGUGUUAUAGAUUUAAGUUGAAAACCGCUCUUAAAUUGCAGCAAUUUAGGUUGAUCAUAAAAUUUUUUAAAGUUUAUGCUACAAUUGCAUGUACUCAUCCUAACAAAAACAAGUUUAGCUGCAUAUGGAAGCAUUGGAGUGCAAAGUGGCUGGCAAAUAUGCUACUAUGAUUUUCCAAUGCUGUGCUUCAAAAUGAUGAGCAGUCCAAGAAUUUCACCUACUUCAUGCCAAAGGUGUGCAUUUUGGGUAUAGGGUGGGAAUCAUUUGCUUCACCUUUAAAUCAUCUUGUGUCCUCUUGAAGUUUACUUUCAGCAAUGAGACUUGUGGAGGAUGCCAGCCUAAUAUUCGUUGGAUUACUCAUUUGUCCAUGUCAGAUACUAAUGAGCACAUUAAACUAUCAUGAGAUUAAGAAUCCCUCCCCAACUGGUACCACAAAAAUGUAUUCGGGUUUUUUGUCCAAGAUAACGAUACGAGGACUUUACUGGCAGGUCUGCUAUGCCAGCAUCAUGAAAUUCCUUCCGUACUUUUCAUUUGCAUGCUCUACGCAUUGGAGGGACAGUGUAACCAUCAAAUAAGAAUUCAUUGAAUGGACGUUUGAAUUUAUGGUAUCUUGGACUGAAGAUAAUAUCAACCAGUUCAGAAUACUUGGCAUUGUGGAAGCAUUGGCCUCAAUAUUCAAGGUUGGUGAGCGGAAAAUUCUUAUUGAUGCAGUUGAUAAAACCUGGGCCAACAUUUCCCACUUAAUGAAGACUUCUGUGGCUGCUCGAAACUCUUUGCUUCGGAAGUAUAUUGUCAAGUUAUCACAACGUAUUGGGCUUAUAUGUUUACCCCAUCGUUCUACAUCAUGGCGUUAUAUGGCAAGGAUUAGUGCACUGGGGAAAAAUAUUCUGUUGAAUGCCACAGAAAUAAUUUAUCCCUGUAGCAAUGAUCAACAAGUUGUCCAUGUCAAUGAAAUAUCAAGUGCAGAAAUUCUUGAAGAGGACAAUAUUGAUGUUCCAGAAAUUGUAGAAGAGAUAAUUGAACUGCUACUCUCAGGUUUGAAAGAUUCGGACACAGUUGUGAGAUGGUCUGCUGCAAAAGGUAUUGGUCGAAUUACUGCAUGCUUAACGUCUUCCCUUGCGGAGGAAGUGUUGUCUUCUAUAUUAGAGCUAUUUUCUCCUGGCGAGGGAGAUGGAUCAUGGCAUGGAGGUUGCUUGGCUUUAGCAGAAUUUGCUCGAAGAGGUUUAUUGCUGCCGGCUAGCUUUCCUAAAGUAGUACCUUUAAUAAUAAAGGCAUUGCAUUAUGAUAUCAGAAGAGGCCCACACAGCAUUGGUUCACACGUACGUGAUGCUGCUGCAUAUGUUUGCUGGGCAUUUGGUCGGGCAUACAACUACUCAGAUAUGAAGGGUAUUCUAGAGCAGCUUGCCCCACAUCUUCUAACAGUUGCUUGCUAUGACCGAGAGGUUAACUGUAGAAGAGCAGCUUCAGCUGCUUUCCAAGAAAAUAUUGGGAGACAGGGAGACUUUCCUCAUGGCAUAGACAUUGUCAGCUCAGCAGACUAUUUUUCUCUUGCUUCCCGAACAAAUUCUUACCUUAAUAUUGCUGUCAGCAUUGCAAAAUAUGAGGAAUAUCUAUGUCCUUUUGUUGAAGAGUUGCUAAGCUACAAAAUAUCACAUUGGGAUAGAAGCCUGAGAGAAUUAGCUGCACAGGCUAUUUCUGCUCUUGCAAAAUAUGACCCUGACUAUUUUGCGGGACCUGUCCUUGGGAAAUUGAUUCCCUUGACUCUCUCUGUGGAUCUCUGCACGCGCCAUGGUGCAACGUUAGCUGUUGGAGAACUAGUCUUGGCUCUGCAUGAAUGUAACUUCUUUUUUCAUACGGAAAAGCAGCAAAAGCUAGCAGGUAUUGUUCCUGCUAUUGAAAAAGCUCGCCUUUAUCGAGGAAAGGGAGGAGAGAUAAUGCGUUCUGCUGUCUCUAGGUUCAUUGAUUGUAUCUCUCGUUCAGCAAUAUCCUUAAAUGAUAAAACAAGGAAGAUUUUACUUGAUACUUUGACUGACAAUUUAAAGCACCCCAAUGCACAGAUACAGUGCUCUGCUGUUGAUGCACUAAGGCACUUUGUUCAAGGUUAUCUUCUUUCUUUUGACGAAAAGGUCCCCAAUGGGAUCAUUUCGAAGUACAUGGAACUUCUAGAUGACCCUAAUGUCGCAGCAAGAAGAGGGGCCGCAUUGGGUUUUGGUAUAUUACCUUAUGAAUUCCUAUGUACCCGGUGGAGAGAAAUCUUGAGAAAACUAUGCAAAUCUUGUCUGCUUCAGAAUAAGCCUGAUGAUCCAGAUGCGGAGGCACGUGUGAAUGCUGUAAGAGGGCUUGUUUCUGUGUGCGAAACACUAACCAGGGGUUCUAGUAAUAGUAGUUCUGAAGAAAAUUCUAUUCAUUCUUUUAUCAAGAAUGACGUGAUGAGGACCCUUUUUGAUGCUCUUGAUGACUAUGCAAUCGACAACAGAGGAGAUGUGGGUUCCUGGGUUCGAGAUGCUGCCAUGGAUGCACUUGAGAGGUGCACCUACAUCCUAUGCAAGUAUGACAAUUUAAUGGCAUCGAAUCAGUUAUCUACCUUGUUUGAUGAAACAAUUGCUACCGAGUUAAUAAAAGGCAUAGCAAAGCAGGCUGUUGAGAAGAUGGACAAAAUAAGAGGUAUAGCUGCUAGGAUUCUCCAAAGGAUAAUACAUUACCCUCAGCAUUUUGUUCCAUACAUACCUUACAGGGAAACAUUACAAGAAAUUAUUCCUCUUGAUACAGACUUGAAAUGGGAGGAUCCUACAGUGUCCUACCCACGAUUUGUUCAGCUACUUCAGUUUAGCUGUUAUAGCAGGUCUGUGCUAUCAGGAUAUGUCAUCUCUGUGGGUGGAUUGCAAGAGUUCUUAAGUAAGGCUUCAAAAGAUGCUCUAUUGGAAUUUAUUGAGGUUUCUAAAGGUGAUACAAGUCAAAUGACGAACAACAGAGAAUUUAUGUUGAGUACUGAUCUUCUUUGGGUCCUUCAGAACUAUAAGAAAUGCAACAGAGUUAUUAUGCCAACUAUGAAGACUAUAGAGAUUCUCUUAAGCGGAAAGUUCUUCCUUAAUAUGGAGGGCCAUACCCUAGAUUUCUGCAGAGGACUUCUAGAUUCACUAGCAGUUGAAUUGAAGGGAACAAAGGAUUUCACAAAGUUAUACACGGGCAUUUCAAUUCUUGGAUACGUUUCAUCGAUUGUGGAGCCUAUAAAUUGUCGUGCGCUAGCUCAGCUACUUUAUUUUCUUAGCCAUCGAUACCCUAAGAUACGCAAAGUCGCAGCUGAUCAAGCAUAUCUGGUCUUUUUGCAAAACGCAACUAGUCUUAUGGCUGAAGACAAAGUUGAAAAAUGUCUUGAAAUUCUGGCUGAUACUAGUUGGGAUGGUUCGUUGGAGGAUUCAAAGCUAUCGAGACUUCAAUUGCUUGAAUUGGCAGGCUUUGAAGAUAGCAGAAUCACGUUAUCUUCUGCUGUUAUAGAAGAAGCUAGCGAGGGCAGAUUGCAAGAGAAAUCUGGAAUUGAUGAAAAUAUGUCAUAUUCAUCGUUGGUUGACUUCACUGGAUUCUAGCUCUCUGUAUUUCACGUUCGUUUUGUUUACGAAAGUAUUUUCCUUUGAAAACCUUAGCCAACUGAUCGAGUUGUAUAUUUAUCCUAUAUUAGAAACUUUUCUCGUGUAAUAGGAUUGGAGAUUUUUUGGGAGUUGAUUCUUAUUACAAUCUGCAGAUUACAAUGGUUUUCACUGAAAAAUGAUUCGAACAUAUUCAUCUAUGCUUCUGAUCUCCUAACUUCUAAGCAUAUACAUUACUGUGUAUUUCACUACUGUUUGUUGCUAUUAAGUCUUCAAUUGGACA